AUGAAUAUUUAUGCAAGAAUUCGUCCUCCAGGUGUUUCAGACAUGUAUGCCUAAACCUCUGAAUUAUCCUCAAGCACCCGCGCCUAAAAUAUAAAUGAAAAUCAAUCAACAUUAUCUAAGCCAACCUCAGGUCAAACAAAACCAUCCUCCCUCCGAAUUGAAAAGCCAACAGCCUUAAUCUAAAAUGCUUCAUCGUUAGACAAAGAUUAUAAAUGUUGUAUAUUUACAUCUUCUUCAAAAGAAAAAUCUCAAUAUGUAGCAAUAAGCGGGAAUCCAAUAAAAAAAUAAUUAUUAGACGAAUACGUAAAGACAGACCGAAAUAUAAUCUAAUAUAGAAACUCUAUAUUAGAAAAUGCAAGUAUUUAUAAAUUCGAUUAAUCUUUCGGAUUUAAAGCUACCAAUUCUCAAAUAUGUAAAGAUAUUUGUGAUGAUUAAAUAAAACAAGCACUUUCUUUAGGUUUAAGUUCCACUUUUAUGAUAAUAGGUCCUGCAAAGUUAUAUCUGGGAAAAAACACACAAUGA